UCUUCAUUUUUCCAUCAAUGGCGGUGGUCUCAUCUUCCGUUUCAGCCAGCGCUCUCUCGCUGUUCACGUCCAUUCCACACUCCACCAAGAAAUUAAUCCCCAGAAAACGUUCCAUCUCAAUGUCCGCCUCUUCUUCCUCAGCAGAGGCUUCUCAUGGUGAAUCUAAAUCAACUCAAAAUCUUGGAGUUUCGGAGAAAGGGAAACCGCCGGAGUUACCCUACAAUUAUUCGCUGGUAAAUCCGAAUGGAAGCACGGUCGUGCAAUUUGUGCAAUCUACCGAGUCCAAUAUUGAGAGGGUCAUAUUUGAUUUCCGGUUUUUGGCACUACUAGCAGUUGGUGGUUCAUUGGCUGGCUCUGUGCUGUGCUUUCUCAAUGGAUGCGUCUACAUAUUUGACGCGUACAAAGUAUACUGGACGAGCUGUGUUAAAGGUGUCCAUUCUGGCCAAAUGGUUCUACGACUUGUUGAAGCCAUUGAUGUAUAUCUUGCUGGGACUGUCAUGUUGAUAUUCGGGAUGGGGUUGUACGGACUCUUCAUUUCAAAUGUGCCCCCAAAUGUCGCUCCAGCUUCUGACCGCUCACUCAAGGGGUCAUCCUUGUUCGGCAUGUUUGCUUUGAAGGUAAUGUUAUGUUUCCUCUCUUCUGCCAACUUUCAUCAAAAGACUUAAAAAGUGCUGCUGAAUAGGGCAUGUGAUAGUCAUGAUCCUUCUGGUGAAGAUGUUUGAAAGGAGUAAGAUGGUAACAAUAACAACCGGCUUCGACUUACUAACCUACUCUGUUUGUAUAUUCUUGUCUUCGGCUUCCUUGUACAUCCUUCACAAUUUACAUAAAUCGGAAAACGAGUAGCACACUCACAACACCCUUGCCUUCACUUGUAUUGCACCUCAAAAAUACGGAAUAUAUUAUAUAUAUGUGUGUAUCUAUGAAUAUAGUCUGUCUAUGUCCACAUGCCUCUCUUUGGAGCAUGUUUAAGCUCUUUAUGUAAGCCAUAAUUUCUACUUUAAUGAUUUUUAUUACGAAAA